GUAACAAUUUGACCUGUAAACUUGUGCUGAUAAAUUGUCAUAGAAUGUUUUUGUGACUUCAACUAUCCUUAUUUUUACAGGACAAGCAUGUUAGCUGAAGAGAGCUACACUAUGCCAGUAUUAUAUAUUUAGUAAUGGAUUGCAUGGCUUUGACUGGCUGCAGAUUGGAAAGCUAGUGCACUUCAUGCUAUUACAGAUCCAGGAGAGGCAAGGUGGCUCCAUACCAGCAUACAACUUUGGAAGUUUAUAGUAUAAAUCAUGCACUUGUGUUGUUUUUAAUAGAUUUAGGGAUACCCCCGUUGAAAGUUAUUAUAACCAAACCUGUUUAGCAGUUUUGUAUGAUACUAUAAGAUGUAACAGGAAUGUAACAACAGCUGUACAUUUUGCUAGUUAGGCAGAAGGGGCGUUUACUCAUUACUGCCCAUACAAUAAAGGCACUGACAGCUGCACCUCUCCCAGUACAGUAAUAUGUCAGCUAGUAACGAUUUGGGAUCCUUCCUCCCAGUCAUUCUUUAGUUAGAAGGAAUACCCGCCAAACCUCGUAUCCCCGAGGUGCACACUGGGUUUUGUAGUUCGAACCCGCGCAGUUCUUUUGGUACCUCGUGUACAUUAUAACUACAUCUCCCGUAGAACUCUGCGGCUUCAUCUUUUCUCUGCGUUUCUUAGCGAUUCGCUUCAGGUGAUUGGGAUCUCUGUGGGAAUAUUGAACCUUAGUAUAUAGUGGGUCGGGGCACAAGCAGUGAGAGGGGAUCCGCUGUUUCAGCCUAUAGCUUCAGGCGGUGACAAUUUAUACACGGAACUAAAGUUCCCCCGCGUCAUAGAAUCAUCCAUUCUUGGAGACUUAGAACAACGUGGCAUCCCCUGCCUCUAGACAGUAUAAAGCAGACUUGGUGGGUGUGGGAAGAAGAGGACACAUUCGGGAUGGCAGGCGGGUGUGUGAUCCAAUUGUUCGGCAGACGGGUGGCAUGGGGAAGGGGGUGUGAGUGGCACAGGCAAUCGCGUAAUGGGCAACGGAGGAUGGCAGUUUUGGGGCAGUCACCUUAUUGCAGCGCGGUGGAGGCGCCCGCAGUGCACCAUGCCGUGAGUGGGAGAGUCCGCCGGAAGAUUCUUACCUUGCAGUCCAUGAACCCUCAAGUUCGGGCAGUAGAGUAUGCGGUUCGCGGUCCCAUUGUACUGAAAGCUGGAGAGAUAGAGAAAGAGCUGCAAAAUGGGGUCAAAAAACCAUUUGAUGAGGUGAUCAAAGCUAACAUCGGAGAUGCUCAUGCAAUGGGACAGCAACCAAUUACAUUUCUAAGACAGGUGGUAGCUCUGUGCACCUAUCCAGAUCUAUUGGACAAUCCCAGUUUCCCAAAGGAUGCAAAGAGAAGAGCAAGACGUAUCUUGGAAUCCUGCAGUGGACAAAGUUUGGGUUCCUACAGUGCAAGCCAAGGAGUGAACUGCAUUCGAGAAGAUGUUGCCAAGUUCAUUGAGAAACGCGAUGAAGGUGUUCCUGCACACCCGGAUAAUAUUUAUCUAACCACUGGAGCAAGUGAUGGAAUAUCUAGCAUCCUGAAGAUUCUUGUGUCAGGAGAGGGGCAGUCAAGAACUGGUGUUAUGAUUCCAAUUCCACAAUACCCGUUGUACUCUGCUGCUAUCUCUGAGCUGGAUGCCAUACAGGUGAAUUACUAUCUUGAUGAAGAAAAUUGUUGGGCACUGGAUGUUAAUGAGUUACGAAGAGCCUUUUACCGUGCCAAGGAAUACUGCAGUCCUAAGGUGCUGUGUAUCAUCAAUCCUGGAAACCCAACAGGUCAAGUACAGAGUAAACAUUGUAUUGAAGAGGUAAUCCAUUUUGCCUUGGAGGAGGGACUGUUUCUUCUUGCAGAUGAGGUCUAUCAGGAUAAUAUAUACUCCAAAAGCUGCCAGUUUUACUCUUUCAAGAAAGUCCUGUAUGAUAUGGGGCCAGAAUAUUUCAACAAUGUGGAGCUUGCCUCUUUCCACUCAACCUCAAAAGGAUAUAUGGGAGAGUGUGGCUACAGAGGAGGCUAUAUGGAGGUAGUGAACCUGCACCCAGAUAUUACAGCGCAGCUGGUGAAAUUGCUUUCUGUUCGCCUGUGCCCACCAGUGUCAGGCCAGGCCGCUAUGGAUGUUGUAGUGAAUCCACCACAGCCUGGAGAAGAAUCUUAUGAACAGUUCAUAAGAGAAAAGGAUGCUAUUCUGUGUAAUCUUGCAGAGAAGGCUGAGCUGACAGAAGAAUUGUUUAACCAAGUGCCAGGCAUUAAGUGCAAUCCACUGCAGGGAGCCAUGUAUGCCUUUCCGAGAAUCUUCAUCCCAGAUAAAGCUAUUGAAAAGGCAAAGGAACACCAAAUGGCUCCUGACAUGUAUUACUGUAUGUGCCUGUUGGAGGAAACUGGCAUCUGUGUUGUCCCAGGCAGUGGAUUUGGCCAGAAAGAAGGAACCCAUCAUUUUAGAAUGACCAUACUUCCUCCUGUAGAAAAACUGAAGAUUCUGUUACAGAAGGUUAAAGACUUCCAUAUGCGAUUCCUUGAAGACUAUGCAUGAGAAGCUGCAGUGGCAAUGAUCUUACCAAUGAGAAUUAGACUGAGAACAUUGGCACUCACUAAUCCUUGUGCUGCAACAAAACAUAGAGAAGCAGGUUGUGGGCUUUUAAGUAACAAGGGGCUUAAUAUUAGGACUGUACCAGCUUGCCAGUAAGAUAAGGAAUCUUAAAUGAUUCUGAUACAGACAGAACUGUUUGAUAGAAUAAGCCAAAAAUCAACAUUUGUCUAGUUUUACAUGACACUUUGAAAAAUGAAAAAACACACGCCCUCUAACAUUCUCUUUAAAUCCAUACUAUUAUGAAAGAUUUCCUUGUGAAAGUGCUUAAAGCUUUGUGGAUCUAUAUUAGGUUAUUUUCUCAUGUCUCAUCGAAGAGUAAUGUUGGGAAAAACAUGAACUCAGUAUUAUCUAAACACAACAUUUUUGUAUGAUUGAUUUACAGAGCCAUAUUUCUAUGAUAAGAGAAUGGCAUUAAGGGUUCAACUUUCACAUUCUCUAAGAUGCUAACCUUAGGGAAUACCAGGAAAAUAUUCUGCAAAGUGGAGAAUUGAAUAGCUGGCUUUGUGGAUGAGGGAGAAGAUUUGAGUUUGCCCUGACAAUUUUUCAAAUGUAUUUUUCAUAACCUUAUGGCCCACCCAUUCCGAAAUCUUCUGUGCUGUAGAAUACCACUCACCAUUUUGGUUAUUGGACUUAUGUUAUAUUCAGGAACAUUUUGAUCUAUUUUUGCCAGUUUAUAGGUAAUGUUACUUCAUUAACUGGGUAAUGUUAUUUUAGAGGAUUUAUUUAACAACUUCACUUAACUCCGAUUUGAAUAACAUUUAUCCCCCCACAAAACCAGAUACCUCCUUUAUUCUAAAGCAAAUAGAAUGCAAAGCAUGUUUUCUGUACAGUGUCCAGUGUGUGCCUUUAGCAAAAACCUGUGCCAUUCAAAUGGGCUACAGAGCAUAAAAUCCCCCACAAAGUUUCUAUGAAGUACAUAAACAACAGCUUUGACUCCAAGAUGGUAAAACUACAUAGCUUGGAGUCUUCAAAUAGUGAUGCUGUGAGUUUACAGUUCUUUAUUGGCUGUUCUUAAGUUCUUUAUUGGCUGUUCUUAAGAGCACUGAGCUUAGAUCCCCUAGCUACACGGUUUCCGAACUUCCAGUGCCAUACUUUUUAUAUUACAAACAUAUCCAGUUAACCUUAUUUGUCUUGCUUUCACUUUUUCUCUUUGCACACCACCCUGUCUAUAUAAUCCUUCACAUUCCUGAUCCUUAAAGUUCUGUUCUUUGCCAUUACAUGGAUUAAGCCCUAUGUGUUUUUGUUUUGUUUUUUUAUGGUCUGGACUUAUUUUGAACACCUAAGUGCAUUACUUAUGAUUAUGGACCACCACUAUCCAAGUGGAGACCUGCAGACCUUAUAUUCCCACUGCAGUGUGCAGUGCUGCUGUGGCCAUGAAACUAAUAUUCUAGUGUCAUUAGUAUUAAAAUACAAUCCUUCUGUAUUAUUACUGUAGUAACUAAGUAGCAGUUAACCACUGAAUUAAUUACUUUUAUAUUAUACUGCCUUUUGGGAGACACAGGUAGCUGGUAUGUUGUAGUGCUGCUCAAUUAUGUGACACAAUGUGUCCUCAACUUUGUAUUCUGAAUGAUAAGAUUCUAAACAAGUUUCUGGGUUUCAAGUACUUACCGGUAAUACUAUUAAAACUGGGGCAUCUUAAAGAAUUUCAGAAGUUGCAAUUGUAGUACAUAUACAAAACACACCGGCCCUGGGUACUAUUUAAGUAAGUACACACCACCAACUUGUUGCCUCACUAAGGAAUGCCUUGCUGGGUUGGGCUGGGCACAUGUGCAGCUAAAAGCUGAACCUUUGCUCUACAGCAUAUGCCUACAUCCCAGGUCAGCAGCAUGGUAUCUCAGGGACAAUGAAAGUACGGCUCACAAUAAUAGAACCAUGGUCAGUGGAGCACCAGUCUAGCAAUUAAAAUGUUUGGGGGAUGCCUAACAAAUUGGUGCUUGCCAACAAUUAAACUUUUUCUCGUCCUUUAAUGAAAUAACACAUGAUGCCAGCCAAAAUUCCAUGCAGUUUCCAUGAAAUUUUGGCGAGUCAGACGCAAAGCCACCUUGGGACUGCAAUAAUGCUGGAAUUCUGGAUAGCAACUCUGCAUUGUGGAAAACAACAUGGCUAUUGCACUUGAAAUUGCACUUUGUUGGCUGCACUUGAGGAUGUACAUGACCUCUCUUUUUCUUUUAAACAGAUAUUUGAUAAAUAUGCCCCUUAUUCCACACCUGCCUGGCUGUAGCUGAUGCACAUUUAAUGCUGAGUCUCAAAUGCAUUGUUCUUCCCACGUUGAUUUAGAGCCAGGUUUCUUGCACAUGAAUAUCAGCUAGAAUGUUACAUGUACUUCCAUCCAUAUGAAUUGACCUACCCCUAGUAGUCAAAAGGCAUUGUGAGCUAUAAAACUGUAAUCCUUAAAUUUUUUUAACGCAUACUGUAUAUUUAUGUUUCCUAAAUUGAACUGAUGGACUGUUUACAAAGUGAGAAUACGUUUUUUUUACUGUUACUUUAUUCUUUGUAGUUUCACAGCAGAGUGGAAACGCAUAUUGCCUCUUCCCACUUAUAGACUGCAUAUCCACAAGAUAUCCAGCUGCACUACAUUAUUCUCGGUCUUUCUAAGUUGACUUGGUGAAACUUGCCAAUCCUAUAUUCAUGUACAAUGUUGCUACAUUAACAGAAAAUCUCCAGUUUGAAGGUUGUGUUGAAUACUGCUGCAAUAAAACUCAACUGAGCUCCACUGGGUAUUUCCAGUCCCACACAUAACUUACACAGCCAAUGUGCCUGAAAAGGAAAUUGGCACUGCUUUGUACAACAAAGGUAUAAUUUCAGCCUUCAGUGACUGUUUAACUCAUUGUACAUUCAAGCUGAAGUAUCUUACAUACUUUGUCUAGAAUAUGUUGCCAAAAGAAACAUAUAACUGAAUAUGAUCUCAAAAAUAUAGGGCAGAAUAUACAAGCAAACUGUAGAUGCAGAAAGGGUCAAUGGCAAUCAUUUCUGCACCUUGGCAGCCAAUUACUACUACUAUUCCUACUACUAGUUUAGUUUGCUGACUGCAUGGUUUGUAUUUGCUGUACAAGAAAUGAAGCGUACUUUGUUGCAAAUCUACCAUAACAUACUAACUCUAAAUCAGCAUAGAAAUCUUUCUAUGGUCUGUGAUACACAAUGCAGACAGAGCUGCAUUUUUACUUUCUGAUCUGUGGGUCAGAGCUGUAACACAUGCCCACUUUAAGAGAUUGGACUGUAAACUAUGUACAUGGAUAUUCUUCUGUGUAUGAACUUUCAGUAUGUUAUAGAUAGAAUUAUUCUAAGCAGUGUUUCAAUAGGUCUUUACUUUUAGUUUGCAAACUGAAAAUGGUAUAUAGUUAAACCCAAUAUUUGCAUUUUUAUUGCAAACAGGUAGCAGUCAAUAGCAGUCAACAUUUUAAAGAAAACAUCAGUGGUCUUAUUUAUUAACUAACAAAAUGCUGUUACAUUGCUUUGUGUAAACUAAGGGGCUGAUUUAUCAAUCAUUCUACUUUAUUUCUUGCUAUGUCUCAUGCAUGAGCAGGGCCACCAUCAUGGAUACAGGGGGUACUACAGUCAGGUGCCUGUAGCAGAGAGGGGGCUCCAACAAACAAAAGGUACAGUUGUGGGGACUGAUUUUCCAAUUGGCUUGUAUAGGUUUUGGGAGGUUUGAGCUCUUAGAUCCUUUAAUUGGGAAAGAAGAAAAAUUGCUAAAUAAAAAUCUCGAACUGCAGGAGAUUUUUUUAAUGGUAAUGAGAUAACAUUGUUAAAUCUGCCCUUUAGUGAAGAUUAUAUAUGCUGUAAGGGUGCUGUAAUUUUCUUGUUGGUAGUAUGAAAUGAUUUCUCAAAUAAAAGUUGAUAUAUCUAUGUA